AUGACGAGCCUGAUGCCUGCAUCGGCUAUGUCCAAACAGAGUAGCUACACAGACUCGCCAGCAGAUGAGUCCCAUUUGUCGAACUCGCAUCCCCCAAACGCAGAAAAUAGCCUGGGCACUCAUGGCCAUCAGGAAUCGCUGGAGCACUCAGACUUGUCGGAGAUGAAUUUCGAGAGUAUGGAUUUACAGUGGUCGGAGUUCACCAAUCUCCACGAAAUCCAGCACCUGGACCACAUGAUACACCACCAACAUGCCGCUCAAGCCAAUCCAGCCAACGACUCGCCGCAUCGACACGAGGACUACUCAUCUUUUGCGUCCCACAACAAUGACCACGAACAAAUUACAGACCCUAAUAAUUACCAGCAUCCUCCGCAGAUGUUUCACCGUGACUACCCCGUGGACCAGCGUACCGAAACUGCACCAGCCACGGCAGUACGCCCGAACGACGUGUUCACGCCGCUUGUUUCGCCCGCAGUGACGCCGCUGGAACACGCCGUGAACCCUCCAUACGGCACGGGCUACCAGCAGGGAGGUCAGGACGAAAACGUGCACAAGAAAGUGGGGUUCAGCCCGCUCACGUCGCCGGCUCUGGAGUUUCAAAGCUCGCGUUUCCCCAGCCAGGUCAACAGCGCGGCCAGCUUCAGACAAAAAAGACGCGACGAAAAAACGUCCACCAUGUCGUCGCCAGUGUCUGGCGACGACGGCGCAAGAAGAACCUCCUACAAACGCUCGAAAACUCCCAACGGGACGCCGCUUUUUGGGCCGGCCAAUCCAAAUGGGUUCCAGCAGCAACAGCCGGGCCCGUCUGCACGCAUGAAACAGUCGCCGUCGGUGAAGCCAUCGUCUCCCGUUGUUUCUGGCGCCCGCCGGUCGUACAGAUCCAGAAACAAGUCGUACAGCGGCCAGUCUCAGAACUUUUUCGACAUGCUGCCCGAGGCUGCCACUUCCAACGAUCUUAUGCUUCCGCCUUCUAAUCCGCCCGCAAAGGAGGAAGACUUCAGCGCCAUGGAGCUGCCAUCCAGGUCGUACUCACAAGAAGCCGAGCCAGGUAAUAAAACCGCCAAUAUGGAUACGGCCAACCCGUCUGCAGCCACGCCGGCCGCCAUGAUGUCAUUUGCGCUGGCCAAACUGUCUGCUAAGAACUCACCGAGAAUGAUUGCAAAAGAUAACGUUUUGAAGAAUCCCAACCACAACGUCUCAUCCGCCCAGUCGUCGCCAGUGAUUUUGCCGUCCUCCAGCUCCUUUUUGCUCCAGGACAACCAGCAGCUGCCAGCAGCCAUUGUACCUCCCUUGCACAUAAACGGGGCCUCGAAAUCGUCUUCCAGAUCGUCGUCUCUCAAGACCUCACCCCUCAUCCAGAACAACGACGACAUGCAGCCCAGCCAGAGCCCCGAAGGCAUGUAUUACACUAAGGCCCGCAGCAACUCUGGCGGGUCCUCGAAAUCUUCCCAGACCGACAGGAAAAUGACCCACAAACUUGCGGAGCAAGGCAGACGAAACAGGAUGAACGUGGCCAUCCAGGACCUCGAGAAAAUCAUUCCAGAUGUGCUCAAGAACGAGGUCGCAGUGCCGUCCAAGGCUACCACAGUGGAGCUGUCGUCCAAGUACAUCCAGAUUCUCCAGAAAGAGAAUAAGGGUCUACAGCAGCAGGUGGUGGCUUUGAAACAGGAGCUUGAGAGGUUGAGUGGUGCUCCACACAGCCAGGAGAGUAUCAGUCCAUUUCGCGUGGACGGAAACGACCGCCACGAAUAA